CAGCAGGUGAGUUGAAAGGUGAAACAAACAACGAACAAUAAAAAUGGCUCGCCUGUCUCCACGAAACCUGCUGUACCUUAAGAUUUCAAACAGCCUUUCUGAAAGUGAAGUCAGAGAACUGAGGGCCGCCAUAGUUAAAGAUAAACACCUUGGCAUCGCCAAGGUCCAAAAGGCCACGCCUCAGGAAAUGUUUAUCAUGCUGGAAGAUGACGCUAAGCUACCCGAAGGCGAUCUGAGUUUGCUAUCGUCGCUCUUAAAUGGUAUCCGUAAGUGGGAUCUGGUCGAGGAGGUGGAAGAUCUUGCAAGGCAAGAGAGAGGAGAACGCCCACUAAGACAAACAGCAGAAGUAGGAACCAAUCAACCAGCUGCAGAGGCACCUGAUACCCGACGCAGACGCAAAAAGAUCAAACUUGAGGGAUAUGGAGCGGAUUCUGCUACCAGAUCGGUUGACGAAGACAACGGAACGAGCAGACCUAAAAAGGUGUUCAUAAGUUACAGCCAGGACCCGUACAACAGCAGUGACCCCGCUCAGCGAAAAGCGGACAUUCAGCUGCAGAGAAGAAAAGUAAAAAGCCUCGCAGACGAACUCCGACAGAACGGUGUAGACUGUAUGAUAGAUCAGUACGCCGAGUACAACCCUCCGGACAUGUGGACAACAUGGAUGCAGAACCAAAUCGUCCAGGCAGACUACGUACUAAUGAUCUGUAGUCCUCACUACAUAGAAUGUGUUAUGGGCCAGAAAAGCUCAGAGUCACCACAUGGACACAUGGCUAGUUUUGAAGGCAAGGUCAUAUUUGGUCAGCUCUCAAACCCGGACUGUUACAAGAGGUUUCUGCCAGUUUUCUUCGACAAGAUUGACCGUAGAUACGUUCCUCCUGCUCUCCAUGGGUGUCAUAUGUAUGGACCGAUAGAAUAUCCGGCUAAAUAUGGGCAGGAAAAGUUUGACAUACUCCUGUCUAAGAUUCUGGGUAGGGUACUGCCAGAGAAGUGUGCACCAGAGAUGGGGAAGCCCCCCUCCCCACCUGCAACUAUGUAAGGCUUGUCUAUCAACAAUAAGCAAAAUUUACCAAACUUUACAGAUACGAGACGACCAGCUUUUCCUUUGUUUUGUCUAUAUUAUUUCCUUCCGUGGUUGAUUACUUUUGCUUAUUAAUGCCAAUAAAGGAUCUCACAGUGCCACCUUAUGUAUGCUGUUUAAUGAUGUGUAUUGUGUAAUAAAGCAAUCCUUGUCAAUAAUCAAAUUUUAUCAAAGCAUUCAUUGAAUACACCUGAUGUAUAUUUUUGCAAUGGUAUGAUAGUGUAUAAUUUGUUGACAGAAGACACAAUGAGUAUCUAUCAGUAGAAGGGUGAAUAAAGUACAGAAUAUGUUCCCUUAUCUAUGUUAUUAUAUGAAC